AUGGCCGAGACGACUAUGGCUGAGACGAUGAGGCCCGGCGCGUCUUACGCCGCUGCGGUCGCCGAGUUCCGCCGACGCCGCAUUGACGGCAACAAGUUCCCGGGCUUCGGCCUUCCCGUCGAUACCACGCUUCCCGACGAACACAGCGGCAGGUUCUUCCUCCAUGCGCUGAGGUACUUUAUGAGCGCAGGAAUAUCGAAGCGUGAGAUCCGCAUGAUGGACUUCGUCAACCAAAUCACCGACAAGCCGAACUGGACCGAGAAAGUUUUCGACGAGACUAUCCUCGACAGGUGGAGGGAAGAGGCGAAAUCUGUCCCGACUAUUGAUCUCGACGGCGACGUCUACCUCUCAGACGAAAUGUUUGACUACUGCGUCGAGGAACUCCGGGACAAGGCGAAGAAGGCCAAGGAGACCGGCAUCGUAAACGUUCUCGAUGCCGAGCUGGCUAUCGCCAAGUCCGACACGGUUGUCUCUCCGGAGCUGAGGGACACCUUGAGGGCGGCGGUGAAAGUGCUCGAGGACGUGCCCGACGCGCAGAAGGACUGGCACCCGGGCUCGGACGGCAAAGUGCUCGACCUCCUCCACCCCUCCCUAUUCCCUAUCAUAUACGGGAAGACGCGCGUGCUGCCGUACGGGAAAGUGCCCCUCGAAGACUGCAUCGCGUGGACCGGGGAAGGAGACGUCACGGACCUGUGGAUACAGGAAUCGAGUGCGCGGCCCGCCCGAUGGGGGAGCAGGCAGUGGUUGCCGAGCGACGUCGAGUGGACCGAGGACGGGAUGAAAAUUGCCAGCUACGUCAACAACUUACACCCCCGAGACCACGCCGACCUGUACAAGGUGCUAGAGAAGUUCGUCGCCAUCGCCGUCCCGCUCUGGGAGCAGUGCCUAUUCCGCGGCCACGGUGACCAACUGAACCCGCGCGUCGUCAUGAACUGCCAGGGGGAAGAGGAGGAUUAUAUCCUUCCUGACGAGGCAACGUACGUACUCCCGGACGACUACGUCCGGGGCGAGGACGAGGAUGAGGACGAUUACAAGUACGAGGACGACUACCGGGAGUGGCGGGAGGAGAACCGGAUCCUCAUCUGGCCGGAGCCCGAAGACUGGGCGCCGCGCGACCGGCCGAGCGGCCAGGUCAACCUUCGAGCCGAAUUCCCCGAGGGACUCCAGGUCAUCUUCAAGCUGGCGGAUAUCUGCCUGACGCCGGAGAAUCCUGAAUACGGCGGCGGUAGCAACCACAUCGAGGGAGCGCUCAACGACCGCAUCGCGGCAACAGCGCUCUACUACUACGACAUCGACAACAUCACCGACAGCUACCUCAACAUAACCCAGCCCAUCGACACGGAAGAGGUGCGCAUGCUGCCGCCCCAGGGCGAGUUCCAGUCGCUCGAGCGCUGGCUCGGCGUGGGGACGGACGACGCGCCCCUGCAGGGCCUGGGGCGCUUGCGGGCGCUGCCGGGCCGCAUGCUCGCCUUCCCCAACACCUUCCAGCACCAGGUGACGCCGUUCCGGCUGCGCGACCCGACGCGGCCGGGGCGCCGCCGCAUCCUGGCCAUGUUCCUGGUGGACCCGCACGCGCGGGUACUGUCGACGAGUGUGGUGCCGCCGCAGCGACGCGACUGGUGGGCGCGCGAGCUGAGAGAUGCACAGGGGACGCGGCUCAGCGCCCUGCCGCGCGAGAUCUUCGACCUCACCAUCGACCAGGUCGACGACUUCCCUCUGAGCUGGGAGGCAGCGGUCCAGGCCCGAGCGGAGCUGAUGCAGGAACGGAGCCGCGUCAGCGAGGACUGGGAGCAGGAAGCCACCGCUGAGACGUUUAAUUUCUGCGAACACUGA